AUGCGCAAGAAGGGUUGCGAUCAACAGCAACCAUCAUGCGGCCCCUGCAGACGCUCUGGUCUCGUCUGUGGAGGCUAUGAAAGACCCCGCAUCUUCGUCAACAGCAGACCGGAGCUUGGUGAUGCCAACACAUGCAGCUUCACACCCGAAUCUUACACAGCACUGCAACAGAGCAAGACUGAAACUCGCGGUCGCAUUCAAGACCAGGUUCUUUUGACGUCAUCGACUGCGCUGUUGUCGCUAGAGCGAUCUUUGGGAUGCUCCGCGCUAGAGGCAAAGUAUUUGGACUUUUACUGGACCACUCUCCUUCCGAAUGGCCAGCCGUUCCCGCCGCGAGCGGCACGAUAUUCGACUACCAGCUGGACUGGAGUCGUACAAGAUCUGUGUCAUCGACACAACCUUGUGCGGCUGGCCUUGCUCACCAACGCCCUGGGCUUGCUCGGCCAGGUGAGCGGGCAGCAGCAGAUCAUUGUGCAAGGAUGGCGUUUGUACGGGAGGUCCUUGCAGGCGGUAGCUAAGUCACUUCCUGCCAACAGUCAAGAAGGACGUGACAGUCUGUUGGCGGCGUCAGGUCUCUUGGCCGGAUACGAGACGGGCUGGGGCCGACGGUCGUGGCUUCCUGGUCCUACCUGGCUAAGGCAAGCUGCUGGGGAGAGAGCCAUCAUCUUAGCGAGACCCCCCGAAUGCUACGUGGAAGGAAACAAUCACCUCCUCUUCGUUGACAGUCGCCUCCACCUGGUAUAUGCGGACAUCCACCGUCGGAAGCGAUCUGUGUUUAGUUCUCCAGCAUGGAAGUCAAUUCCGUGGUCCGUGCAUCCCAAAGGUCCGAGAGAUAAAUUGUUGGAUAUCUUGAUUGAGAUCCCAGCCCUGCUUGAAAGCCUUGAAAGCCUUCUUGCAUGUCUGUCUGACGAAGUGGAAAGGCAGACGCUCUUUCGUCAGCAGCUCGAAGAAAGGUGUUGGCUCUAUCAUAGUCAACUGCAGACAUGGUCGGCCACUUCAGGCUCGUCCACAGUCGAUUUCGUUGAGGACCAGAUCGCCAACGGAGCCCACAAGGGUUCGGAGCCUUCCUCUGAACACUUCGCCAUGGCUCAUCUGGGCAUGCUCUACUGGGCCACUUGCAAUAUCUUACAUGAGGUUCUGUGGUACGUUGCCGGAAAGGACCGUGCGGAUCUUCCAGCAUGUAUGGAUGCCAGACUGUACUGUCGCAAGAUCAUCUUGCUGAUGCCUUUCCUCCAACGUCCUACCAUGGGCGCGUUCUUCUUGAACAUCGCCGGCUUCCCAGCUGCCGUGGCCGUGAGUUUCCUUGCCAGGCAAGAUCCACCAGGCAAGGUCUCUGAAGAGCGCAGAAUGCUUCAGAAGGCUUUUCAAGACAUCCACGGGGCUCAGCUGCGGAACUUCCUGGGAACAUGGCCGUGGCGGACUGAUCGAGAGACAGAAAUCAUCGGCCGCCCAAGAAGAGACGAAUAG